UCUCAGUAAACAGUAUUCUAAUUUAUCUCUCUUUUUUAAAAUUCAGGAACGUAAUAUUUUCAACAAAAUCUUUGGUGGGUUUCUGAUGAGGAAAGCCUUUGAGUUGGCUUGGGCAAAUGCAUGCCUCUAUGGGAAUUCGCGGCCUCAUGCAAUCGCUGUCGAUGACAUCUUGUUUCAGAAACCAGUUGAGAUUGGCUCCCUGCUGUACCUUUCAUCACAGGUUUGUUAUACUGAAGACAAGUACAUCCAGGUCAGAGUGCACAGUGAAGUUGUAGACCCGCUCACACAAGAGCACAGCACCACCAAUAUCUUCCAUUUCACCUUUGGUUGUGAGACACAAGUGAAGCAGGUCAUCCCUAAGACUUACGGAGAAUCUAUGCUUUACUUGGAUGGAAAACGACACUUUAAAGCACGAGUCAUCAAAAACUGAAGUCUGGCAAACCAGCCUCUGUCCAAAUAGACAGUCUGAAUAUUAAUAAUAUCAGUCUAAAAUGCAGGAUUAAAGAUAUGUAUUUGUUUUUGCAUAUUAGGUCAUUUUUUUGUUUAAAAACUGCUUUUAUACUUUUCUAACUAUAUUUAAAUAUCUUGCAGUUGCUUCACUAAUUUUAAUAGUAUGCCAUUGCUUAAGAAGUUUGCGGUAUACAGUACAGGAGAAACAUGUAUUUAACUGCUAAGCUACAUAACAAAUUGCCAUUAUAGUGUCGCUGAAACGUAGAACUGACCAUUGGUGAUUACAGUGCACAAGAACUAGUGUGAGAUUCAUUUUCUAUUUUAACACGCAUUAACCAUAAGCAGACAGCGGACCACAGUAAAAACACAUGCACCUUUAUCAGCUACAGUAAUGCUUCAGUCCUUUUAGUUCCAUAGCUGUGUUUAUUCAUCUAGGGUGCAAUUGGCUGAGACAGCCAGCACUAGAUAUGAAGAGGAGCUUUCCCACAUGUGGUAUCUCUACUGGGUAGAAAGGAAACCACAUUAAAUAGUACACUAAUAUCAUUUAAAUACCUGUUAAAUGUACACCGGCAAAAUGUCAAGAUGUUGCUUUUUUUUUUAAUUUUAAAAUCAAAGCAUGUACCAGAUAUGUUACAAGUAUUUUGCUUUCUGUUUACCCAAAGCGCAUUGAAAGUGAACCAUGUUUACAGGGGUUUCUUUGCUCUUUCAUAUAUACAUCCAAAUAUAUUUGCGCUAUAUACUUGAUUUGCUACCAAGCUUACACAGUGCUGUUAUGCGCGGGGGGCAGGUUUCCUUGCACAGGUAUACGGUUUAUAUCCACUUAUAUUUGUAUGGUGUCACAGAACCUUUUUUUUUAAAAGGAAUGGGUCAUCUCCAUAUCCAUGCUGUGGGAUAUUCAAGGUUAUGCGUUUUAAUGAUUUGAAACAACUGCCUAUAAUGCCUUCAUGAAAAAUACCAAAAUAUUGUGUUUUUGAUUGUGACAUUCAGCUAAAGAGGAUCACUGUAAACAUAUUUGGGGUGGAUAAUUCAGGCAUAUGUUCAUUUUAAUAGUACAGACACAUGCAGUGAAAGGUUUUCAUAGCCUACUAAUUGCCUUACAAAGCUGUACUUUCCAUGAAUAGUUGCUCCUGAAUGACUUAGUGGAAGCUUUCAUGAUUCUGUCAGUUUUCACAAAUUAUCUUCCUGAAUAGAUGAGUAGAUAUUUAUCUGAAAAAAGAAAGAUGGACUUUUUUUUCAAUCUCUGGAAAUCUGGAUUAGAAUCUAAUUGGAUGGAUUAAAUAAAAGCUACAAGGGUCUGCCACUAAAAACAUUUUGGGCUCUUUGAACUUAAUGAUUGCAGAACACGAAACUGACAUUUCAAAUUGAAACAUCUGGAGUCACUACCAGUACAGUAGAAAAUGUUCUUUUAAGGUCAGACAGCAAUGAAGUGUGCACUGCCUCUGGAAAAGCACCUUAUUUUAGAGCCGUCAACAGGAUUACGUUUUCUAUAUCUUGUUCUGUGAACAGACGAGCAAGUGUGAAUUAUUCUGUUGUAUUUUCACAGUUCUACAUGCCAUAUUAAGACACAAAAACAUGACUGAUUGAUGUAUGUCUUAUCAGAGGCAUGUUUUAGUUUUCUUUAAUAGUAAAGCUGGAAAGACUGUAAUAGUUUCUGAAUAAUGCCAGACAAGGGAUGAUGAUUUAUCAGUUGUGCAUGGAGGUUGAAUGAAUAAAGGUGUUUUUUUUUAAAUCAUGGAGAA